CUAAAAUCUCCACUCGAACAAAAAAAGCAGCGGUAUGGUCCGCAUUGAAGCCGGGAGGAGAAUGAACGCUACCAAGUCUGCAACUACUCCGCACGCCCAAAAGAUGUGCAGAAAUGCUGAGAUCGUUCAUCAGAAGCUCCAACUGAAAGAUCCUCUCGGCGAGGCUUCUAGGAGACCCCGUGGCACCGGCGCCGAGGAUCGGUCAUCCGGUUUCGAUGCUAAGAUGAUAAUUUCCUUCCUUUGUUGUCUUGCGCUCUAUGGUAUUCCGGGUGCUCCUGGCUUCCUCGCCGAUAAAACCCAUUUGAGCACCAGAUCUGAGGUCUAAUUCUCCUUUACCUUAACCUCUGAUCCUUGUUGAUUCCCGCAUCCGGGAAACUCUUACAGUUUCGUAUGUUUUUCUGUGCUAUAAUAUUUUCAGAAAAUUUAGUGCUCAGAAUUAGUUUGAUCAUUCGAAUAACGUGCGCCUUAUGGUUUUAUGUCUUUCAUAGGCUCAGUAACUUCGAUUUCUUCUUGAACAGUUUUGCAAUUUUAGCUGCUGUUUGGUUGUCUGAAUCUAUCAAUUUAAUGGAUCAACAUAUGGUUUUUAGCUUUUCCUUUAGGUGUAGGCUGUCAUAUUAAUGGGAGCAGAAAAGAAAUCCUUGGGAAGAAUUAGGAGGGUAGUGAGCUCUCCAUUCAAGACUUCAUCAUUAUUGCUUGGAGCUGUUAAAUUGAGUCUCCCUGCACUGACAUUAUCAGAAUACAUUUGGUUUCGGUUUUAACUGUUUGGUCAUAACAUGCAGUCAUUCUCUGUCAAUAUGAUUAGCACCUUUUCGAAUUCCAUUCUUCCCAAUUGCUGCAACCAGGACUACUGAUGCUGUAAAAGACGUGUUUUUGUUUCUGGUAUAUGGCUCCUGCUAAAUGCUCUCAUUCACAGGUGCUUAUUUCUUGCCAUAACUUAACAGCAGUUUGUGAAAGUCUGCUUUCACGAACUUGAUUCUUUUCUAUCAGCGCUAUAUGCCAAUGUUCCUAUGAUUGAUGGCCUUGUGUGCAUAGCUAUUCAUAUUUACCUCCGUUUCCCCAAGUACUAUAUCUCACUUUUCUUUGAUACAACCUAUCCCAACAAACACACUCCUAAAUCCAAUUUGUUAGAGGAUGAGAUUGUGGCCCCGGCAAACCCAAGAUUGUGCAAGAUUCACAAGAAUAUUACACUUAAAGCAAUUCAAAAAGACGAUCAUAAAUAUGAGCCAUAGUUUUUUUUGCAUUAGGUUUUCUGAGCUUCGCUUGAGUAAGCCUAGGCGCCUAAGACUCCCACGCCAAAUAACCCUCAUAUUUUUUCUUGAUGCAUUUUUGGUCUCUUAUUGAAUGACGCACUAUACAUGUGUGUUUGUGUAGAUGUAGACUAAGAGAGACUACAUAGCAUAGUUUGCAUUUGUUAAGUAAUCAAGUGUUUGUGAAUUUGUGCCUCUCCAGUUUGGUAAUUUAGUUACACUGAUUAGACUCGCUGACCAUUGUGAUUCUUGUAGCUAUGUUGGGGCCAUGUUUGCAGGGACCCAAUGGAGUUCCAGGGGUUUUCUACUGUCGACUUUCUUUCCAUAUAAGGGGGGUUUCAAAAGUGGCGAAACAUCCAGAGCCAGGAUAAUUUACCCACAUCUACGACGAGGACAAAGUGCUCUUUUAUAUCACUCAUAUGCACUCAGUACACAACUCUCUACUCAAAAGUAGAGAGAAGGAAUUGAAAUGUUGUUGGUUCAAUAGUAAAGUCAAGAGGGGAAAAAAGAAGACAAAUGUUACAUAUACUACAUCCUUUCUUUACCCGUGCAGCGAGGCAUAUCCUCUGCAAUCCAACAAAAUAUGUAUCCAUUC